CCAUGGAAUGAAGCUUCUGCGAUGGGUAUAGCUUGAUCUCGCGCGAGCACACCGCGUCGACGGGCUAAGUGCUUCGCUCUCCACGGUUUCGAACGUAUACGCAACAGCGGCUGCUCUCACAAUGUGUUUCCACCAGAAGGUGAACGGUACGACGUCGCGUUCGGUCCCGCAAAAGUUCGAGAUUUGAAUUGUUGGGAACGGUUUUUUUUUUCUUUAUUGCCGCUGCUGUACACAGCGAGAUACGUGAAGUCGCCAAGCGGUUAAGUCGGUCGAUAUUUGAGCCGCUUUAAGUGGAGUGGAGUGAUUUGAGUACGAUUACAUAUUUGAAACUGAAAACUUUCAAAACCUGGGAAAAUACUGAAGAUUUAAUAGUGUGACGAUUAUAAUCAAAGUGAUGAAAUCUUUCGUAAAAGUUAGUUGCAGCUGGUAACGAUGCAGCAUGCGAGCUUUGUGCACUGUCAGCGCACCCCUCGAGGUUUGCGCACCACCGUCCCGCCCUCUGCCUCCGGGUACCAGAUUUCUAGCUUUAAAAUUAUUAGGAACACCACAGCCACGUACACUCUACUUCCUAGUCGAAGCAAAAAGUCGCGUCCGCGAAGUAUACGCACAAACAUGCCAUCACUUCUCCAAACAGGGCAUGCUGGACACCGAACUAUUCGGCCUAGCCGUGCUGAUAGAUGGCGAAUACUUGUUUGCCGACCCCGAGAGCAAACUGUCCAAAUACGGACCGAAAAGCUGGCGUUCGUCACACACGCACGGCUUAGACGCAAACGGGAAACCUCUCCUGGAACUACACUUCCGUGUGCAGUUCUACAUCGAGAGCCCACUGAUGCUAAGAGAUGAAGUAUCCCGGCAUAACUAUUACCUGCAGCUCAAGUACAAUGCCAUCAACCGGGAUCUUCCGAAGGAAUAUUCCGAACAAUCGCUACUUCUCCUCGGCGGCCUAUCGCUACAAGCAGAUCUGGGCGAUUGCCCUGAAGAAAAUGGAGUCGUUAUCGAUGGGACCAGUAGCACAAGCGGCAGCACUAGCAACACUAGCAGUACAAGCGGAACUACCACUAGUACAGCCAAUUCAGGUAAUGGCUGCACCAUCAACAACAGCAAUAGUGCCGCCACCCUCAACAGUGGAAGUAGCAGCAGCACCGGUAGUACUACAACCAGUAAUAGCAACAUCAACAAUAACAAUUGUAGCCCUAGUACUAGUAGCAGCACCAAUAACAACAACGCAUCCACCUGCAACGGCAGCAGUGAAUACUUCAGGCCUGAAGACUACAUCAACCCGUCGCUGCGGUCGGCGUGGGGUAUUUCAGCGCUCAACUCUUGCCAUCGGGAAAACCGAGGAAUGUCUCGAGCUGAUGCAGAAACCCACUAUAUUCGAGAGGCGUGCAAUCUCAACGAAGCCAUCAACGCUCACGUGUUUCGCAUGAAGCAAACCAAGAACGAAACCGGCAUGGGGUCAGUAUCGUUAAGCAUCUACGCGAAAGGAAUACGUAUCGCAGCGGAUAACUCCACAGCGACCACGUUCAACUGGCCCAGCAUCGGCAAGCUGAGUUUUGAUCGGAAAAAGUUCGAAAUCCGCUCCGGUGAAACAAAAAUCACGCUCUACUCGGUGAACGACGACAAGAACAAAAUGAUAUUAGCAUUGUGCCGAGAGACGCACCAAUUUUCCAUGAAAAUUGCCCCGCGUCUAACGGAAGCUAUGAAACGAGAGGAAGAGGAAAGCAGCUGCAUUCACGGCUAUCCAUAUCUGUACUCUCGGGCCCUACCGUACAAAAGCAAAAGUGACCAGCGAAUAUCGGUUAUCUCCAGCACAAGUUCUAAUACUACCUCCGGUAUUGUAAGCGAUCGAGUCCAUUCAGAAGAUGAACUUGAAAUAAUCAUCAAUACGCCACCUACAGCAACACUCGCAGCCCCUUCGACGGAAAGUCUAGCAUUUGCUCAUCUACUUGAUUGCCCUAGUGUAAGUCGACAAACCUCUUCCGUCGGACAAGUAUCCCUCAAAGAUUUGGAAGGCACUCUAGCGGCUUUGUCCAUCCGAUCCAAUGCCACUAUUCGUUCAGUAUCAAGCAACGAAGGAACCGAAGUGAAGGAAAGGACAACUAAAGACUGCGAGUCGUCACCGUCAUCGCAGCAUAACAUUGGUUCACAAUGUUCGUCGACUUGCAGUACCGUGGUCGUAGCUACCGAUUGUAUAAACUUACCUCAGAACAACACCAGCAGCUCAAUCGAACGGCGUCAGACAUCUACGUGCAGUAGUUUGGAACUUGGAUAUAGUCAUACGGCCCAAAACAGUACAUUAAGUGUGGCAACUAGUACUUGCAUAGAUCAUGACAUCAACGAGGAAGAAGAAGAGACAAAUUCGGGAGUUUAUACACUGGCUCAUGCGCCACCUACGGAAACUAGCGGAGUGUACACGAUGAAUAGCAGUGAGAUGACAGGUCAAUCGUCAGAGAUCGCAGAGUCUGAAUCACAUGAGAGCUCUCACUAUGGCAGUUUCCAACCGUGUCAGAGUGAGCUAGCAGAGCCUCUUGAACCAGUCGACUCAGUGGAUGGAGAUUACAGACCACGUCUAGACAGCGACAUCAACGAGUUCCGAUUGCGAUCAGAUUCCAACGUGUCUGCAGCAGGAUCAUUUAGAGGAGACGGAAGUGAUCCAACGGACAACAAGCAUACACUUUUGAGCGCAGAAGAGUUGACCGAUUUGAUCGUGGGGCGAGGGACGUACCCGUCAAGGAAAACAGUGAGCCACACCCUUGAUUCAGAUUGUGACUACGUGACGUUGCCAUUGCCUUUGGAGGGUGAAAGUUAUCUGCAAGGAAGUGAAGAUACCGCUCCCACGGAAGACGAAUACGAUGACGAUGUUCUACCUCCUGCUCCUCCGAAAAGAAUCGACAGCAACAUGCCAGCACAACGGCAGUCUCUUAUGAGUUUAGUUAGCUCGAAUGAUUCACCUCCACCUCCACCUCCUCCUUACAAUGCACAUCACGAAACUACCGGCUUACGCGGACCAGAUAUACGUCCAGACGAGGCACCCGUGAUUCCUCUUCGCGAUCCUCCUCCAUAUCCCCAGAAGCCAACUACCAUCGUGCGGGAACGACCAGUUCCUGCUCCAGUCAUUCCGGUGUGUGCGGCAUCUAGUUUACAAGCAUCCGCAAUACCAGAGGAAGUUCCUGCACGUUUCAUUACCACCAGAUCCCAGAUCAACAUUCUGAAGGCUCAUACCAGUGUAGUUGGCGAAACCGCAAAGCCAAGCUAUGCGGCACCAACAGUCAACAACAUCAGCAAUCUAUCACAGUCUCCACUUCCCACAACGGUGACGACAGCGCCAACAACGCCCAGCGCACUUGGCAUACCGGUCGUUCCAUACCACAAAAGCAUUACCUCGCCUCCACCACCAUACCCAGAAAUACCGAAACCACCUCAUCGAACCUGCGUCUUGCUACCGGUGAUCAAACCUCGACAAUAUCACCCACCACCGCCGCCAACAAUGCCACGGCAACCUCCACCACCUCCACCAGCUCAUUCGCUAGCUACUGUAUACACUGGACAGCUGGCGCGAUCCCAGAUCGAACUCUAUCAACAACAACUCUACAGUGAUGUAGACUACGUCAUCUAUCCGAUCCAGGAUCCCUCAAUUAGUCAGCAGGAGUAUCUUGACGCCAAACAAGGUUCGAUACUGGCAGCAAUGGCCCAAAGUCCACCCCCACCACCGUAUCUUGCCUACCACACUGUUCGAGCCCAUAACCGUAGCUGGGAAGCGUGCAAGAAUCAUGCCAUCUACAGGAGUACUCCAUACCUUUCCAUGGCCCUGUCAUCCAAUUCCCGUUACGCUUCUACACAGAAUCUUUCCGAUACCUACGUUCAACUACCCGGAGCGUAUUCUCCCCUGUACAGUCCAUCGGUAGCUAGCCUUUGUUCAUCGUAUGAACCACCACCACCACCUCCACUACGACCUCGACCUGUAUCCAGCAGUUCGUCGUCCAUGUUUGUGCGAUCCAGAUCCGACGACAACAUCCUGAACUCGGUCGAAAGCACUCCCAAAAUCAGACGACUUCCGCCACCUCCUCCUCCACCAUACGAAUCUAGAAAACCCACUCGGAAGCCACCGAUACCCCUUCCAACCCUAGAGAAGCAAACGUCACCAGCUGUGAAAGCUGUAGCCGCCAUAACGAAACCUCCCGAAGUCCCAGCGAAACCCACCCCUACGAAACCAUGCGGUCCGAGUGCAAAACUGCAAGCUCAGAUAAGGAAGCAAUAUCCGGAUAUUGAUUUCGGCCCCUCCAUCGACAUCAGGACUCUGCGGGAGAAAAGCAAGAACCUUGAUCUUCCGCUUAUUUCUGCCCUAAUGCAUGACCGUUCCCUUUUGAAACAAACACGGGCUUUCGUCAUGCCCAAACAUCCCAAAGCUGGCCUGAACAGCUCACCCAAUAGCGGUAGUAAUGCCACCAUUACCAGUCCCAGCCAGCAGAGCCUCCUGAACCACAAGACCAACAAAUAUCCGGUGUCCGGUCUGAGCACCACCCAGCUUGCCAAACCCCGCAAAUCAUCGAUCGUGAGCCAUCGGCAUCCGAACGACAAGCUGCCCCCGCUACCGGGCCAAACGGCAACCGAGGGCAACAACUACGUGAUGGAUCCGUCGACGCCGGCCAAGCAAAAGAGCUACAGCUCCUCACAACCCAGUGCCUGAGAUAAUUCAGUAUCAACGCGAAACGCUUGGCCGACGGUCCGACGGUCUCUGCAGCCAUCAUCUGCGUAGCUGUCAGAUCAAAUACGAUAAUUUUACGCUGAAAACGAUAGACUUUUACAUUUGGAAACCUAUUGUGUCAUGCUAAAGCUAAGAUAGUAGAUUUUUGUCGUCUUAAUCGGGAGAGAAAAGUUUGUGUUACUUGCAUUUUUAUAAAAUGGACCUAUAGUUUGUUGUACUAUUUUCUCCUUUAGGAUAAAAACCAAUCCAGGAAAAUCGAAAGGAAGUUUUUGGAACGAAACUUUUCCUUAGUAAAACCCCACCGAACGUACUUUGUCUGUUUCCCAGAACGAACAUUCCCCCUACUUAUUUAGCUUUGGAUUAUUCUCUCUUGAUCACUGUCGAACAUAUAAACCACACCUCCAUCGUUCCAAGCUUUCUUACGAUUUUCGAACCCAUAGUGCGAGCUAAAAUCACCCGAAUGUCAGCUCACAAAUAACACGGACGCAUAUUAGAUUGUUAAAACAAAGUAUCUUUCUUUAGUGGAAAUUACUCAGGAUAUUUUAUAUAAAAAACAUAAACUCUUGUUUUU